GGCGAAAUGUAUAUUUGUUGUACUUGUCGGAAGUGUUAUAGUUUUACAACUUUUUCAAGAUUUGUGUGUAUUAAAAUUUCCGUUUCUUAAAUUCAACAAUUACAAUGUAGUGUGAGUAGCACACUCGUUGGUACUAUUCAUGAGUCAAACAAAUUCAUAUCGUUUUUCCUUGUAGUAAGAAACUGUAACACGCAGGGUCGACAUGAAUUUAUUUUGUUUCGCUGGCGUACAAAUUAAGAGUUACUCCACGUCCGCAGGCUAUGCGGGCAAGUAUAUUUGCAAGUGCUCUCCGCUUAAAUAAGGGGGAAAAAACGCUCUUCUCGUCCAUUAGGGCGCAAGGUGUUAAGCUGCAAAUUUGUGUGUGUGUUUUUCAUGAGUGUUUUGCUCCCCAUUUACGACUUAACAACUUGGCAUUCCACAAGAGCUGUCUUCCGAGGCUCCAAAAGUCGUGAAGAGUUAAUCUGCGAUGACAUGUACAGGCGCCUUGUUUACUCGCCACAGUAUUUUGGGUGGUCGUUUGAUUUUGUUAGCCUUAUUCCACAAGAAAUUAGUUCUUCCUAUCACUGAUAAAAGGAGAGCAUUGCUAAAUUCCCCGAGUAAACGAGAGGUUUCUGGGAUCCGGUAUUGAAUUGUGAAAGGGCGGCAACGUCAUGUUAAUUAGGGCAGCAUCUGUUAAUACUAAUUCGAAUUACUUCAUCGCAAAACGAUUUCUACUUUACGGGUCACAAUGUUAAUCUUCAUAUAUUUCUUUUUGGUCUGACCUUUUCACUAAGUAUUACUAUACGGAAGAGUAAAUUGAAACAACAACUGCGUGAAGUCUUUAGCCCCGCUUUAGUUGUCUCCAAGCGACAUCUGUCUAACAGUACUGUGCGUAAGAGAGGGAGAAAAUGUAUAUCUUCUCAAGGGGUAUAAAGUUCAUAAUUAUACUGAGAACGCUUUUGCCCACCGAAUAGCAAGGCUUACAUACUUUGCCUUCAUCGCCUUGUUUGCAAAUUUAUUCUAUUUCCACUACUGCUUUUUGUACCCAGAAGAAAUCAUAAAUCAACAGUAAUUUAAUCGUUAACAAUGGCCAAGCUAUUAGAAUGGCUCACAGGUAUGGUUUUCAAUGCAGUGCAUUUACUUUAAUUGGAUCCAGCACACUGGGCUAACACGAACGGAUUUUUUAGGGCAAAUGUAGUUACAAAACCUCUAAAGGAUCGCAACUUCAGCAAAGCUAGCCGAUACAAAAUUGUUCCAAAAGCGAUUUAUACCUUUCAAAAAGUGUCUGCUUGCAUGUUUUCUUGCUUGGGUCAUCCCUGUAAAAUUCCACUGACAGUCGGCAUAUGGGCGGUAAGUCAAUAAUAUGACCCCCUGACUGCAAACAGCGUACAUGUAGGAUGUAGACCCUCAGGCGAAAACACGUAGAUAACUUUAAACAGCAGACUCUCACUCGAUGGUUAUUCGUGGUCUCAGAGAGGUGACAUUCAGUGAAGGUAACCUUGGAUAGAACCUCCCAGAUAGACAAGGGGAAUCAAUCCACUGAUCAUCAUCACUCAACUAACUUCAGUAGUUGGACUCUUAAGUUACAUUCUUUUAUGAAAACGUCCUAUGGAAGUUAGUACGUGGCGAGGUACUUGCACGGAAGUCGCUAUUCCUUGGGUAAAGGGAAAAGAACUAUGCCACAUCCAUUCAAAUGAUGUGAUUCUGGAAAGUCAAGAGGAGAAAGGAAGACGCAAGCCAAGGCGCAUGCGCACAUGUUUCACGCCUCGACAACUUCAAGUAUUGGAGCAAACAUUUGCCAAGACGCAUUAUCCAGAUGUACUAUUGAGGGAACAGUUGGCUAACUUUACCAAUCUGCCAGAAUCAAGAAUACAGGUAUGGUUCAAGAACCGCAGGGCAAAGUAUCGAAAAUACGAAAAGUCUGGAGUAGAGAUGGUUUCAAAAACAAGCCUUCCCUCAUUCCUCAGACCCGACAGCUCAGGAAGGAUGACGUGUGGAAGCUCACCGCUCCCUAAUCGCUCCUUCUUUCAAACUCCAAGAAGUCCAGUUUUGUCACCGGUUCCAAGAAAUCCAAACAUGGACCGACUACGCGAUCACACACACCACCUUCCAAGCGUGUCUACUCUCCUUCCGCCGGUUCGUGAAAUCCUUCCUCAUAACAUGAUACCCACAACUUUUCACUCAUUACCUUGCACACCUGAAUCGCAUCGACAACCAUUUCCGACGUACACCCUCAGGCACUUCACGGACGUGCCUCCCUUUGGUUACAAUUAAAACAAACUGAAAAAGGAUACGAAUGGUAUCCAUAUGACUUAGCGGUGUUUAGUAUUUAACUAAGGGGGUUAGGUCGCACUACCUAUGGUGAGUCUGUCUGUUCGAUUCCAGUUUAUUUACUCUAACCACAAUUUCAGAGAUAAUAAAUACAAAAGAAACCUUGAUUUAUGGCUACAUUCAAAAGUUAAUUUAAACUAGUCUUGAAAUCUACUUUUACCUGAAACAAUUAGAAAAAGACACAAAAAACAAUCAUUAACAAGCCAAAAAAAGAUACGGGUGGUCAAAAGGGGACAAGGUUGAAUUUAUUGAACUUGGCAAAAUGUCCCAAUAUCUAACUGCCUGUUACAAACAUUUUUAUAGAAUCAUACGGCCUCUGUUGCUCGGAAAUAAUCCUUGUUCACACGUAGCUAAGAUCUAAUGAGCAUUUCGGGGUCAUUUUCUGCAGCUCUUUAUAAAUCGAAAGAAGCGUCAAGACUAGCCUGGUCAAGAAAUGUGGUUUUAAAAUAUGCCAUAAAUCUACUGCUGUUAUUGAAACUAUUCAUUAUUUGCUAUCAGCGCGCCAUCUGGUUAAUUUAUUUAUGGAGCCGAGGGGCUCAUUUUUCUGUUUAAAACCAACAACCAUUGUUUAGAAACAAAAGAGCCCAGUGUAGCAAUUACAGCCGCGCCCAUUGUAGCUCAGCUUAGCUCUAGAGCGGAAAAAAAAAACAUUAGUGUGGGUUUAUAAUCAUACUGACACUGCGCACGAAGUACAAUUCAACCCCUUCAGUCGAUUGAUUCAUAACGAUAUUUCAAGGAAAGCAUGUUUCCCCGGCUUAUGGCAACAAGAAAAGACCGUUUUAGAACAAUUUAUUCGGCAAGGUCCCAAAAAAUAGUUCUAAAUUAAAAUUAAAUCAGAUAAUCAUCCCAACCAUCCACACCAUGUUAUCAAUUCUUGCUCAAGUUUUGCACCCAGAAAAUAUUACCUUGAUCCCUGAUGUGAGGGACUGUCUGUGUGGCCCUGAGAAGGUUGCUCAGCUUGCUUGAAAAUCGAACCACUUUUAGUGUUUCACAGUUGCUACAUAAUACGUUACUUCAAGCAUAAAGUACGUUUUCAAAGUAAGUUGUGAAUAAAAGAGGAACUAGUUGAGAAAGAAAAGAAAAGAAAUCAUAUCAACAUUUCAGAAUCUAUUUUGUCUAUUUUGUCUGUUUGUCCCAACAUGGAUUCUGCUAUUUUACGUAAGGGUUCAUUUUAAAUUUUUGUUGAAACUUUCAGUCAGACUUUCCAGCCACUAUUACAGUAGAAUUUCUCGACACCCCACCCAACCGCGCUCCUUUCGGCUUGAUCAUGACCUAGCCCCCUUUAAUAUACUCAAAAUACGCUUAGCCACUUUGUACUUUAAUUUUGAUCAAGGACUCUGUAUAUUAUUGAUAUUUUUGGAAAGAUAAUAUUAAUCAAAUUUUUAUUACACCUAUAUCUCAUAAUUACUGUGCUACAAGGAAAAUUCUCAUUAUUCAGACGUGCUUUGAACACGCUUAUGUUACGUUUUUCGUAGUCUGUAUUUACGGUUCAUGCGUUGUGUACUUUCAAUAUACAGUAUUUUAUAGUUAAAUUUAUUCAAUAUAUAUAUAACUAUUUAUACGAUGAUCCAUUCCAUAGAUUUCGAUUACCGUGUAAAAACAAGAGUUUCAAAACUUGGCUGAUUAAAAAUACUGUUACCGUUUGAGUCUA